AUGUCGCAACGACGCAAAUAUGCCAUGGCUAGCCUAGCUGCCGCAGACCAGGCGGCGAGGCUAGUUAUUGAGUCUCACGAUGACCUCGAGGAAGGGCGGCGCCGCCAGACCCGCGGGCCGCCCCCGAAGCCCGUAUCUAUACGUGAGGCAGCGCACGACGAAGACGACGCUCUCGUCGCAUAUGUUCUCUGGCUCCAGAAAAGCGGCUUCCCAGCAAGCAAGCACCAGAUUGAAGCUGCCGCCCUUAAGUUCAUCUACCGCCGUGAUCCUUACCGCCAGCCGCCGUCAAACCACUGGUAUUCUCGCUGGCUUAAGGAUCACCCAGAGCUUCGGGUCACAUACCUUAAGGCGGUAGAGCGGUCACGAAAAACGUUCGAGGCUAGCGACGUUUGCCACGUCGAGAACUUCUUCAAGAGGCUCUCUGAGAUCAUCACCACCUAUAGCAUCGGGCCGUCAGAGGUAUGGAACGAAGACGAGUGCGGUAUCCGUAUUGGAAGCCUCCGCGAUCGAGUCCACGUUAUCGUCGUACGAACAACGCGCCAUCAACGCCCUGAGGUCUCUGAUCCUGGGAAUCGCGAGUUCUGUACGCUUAUUGCUGCUGCCAACGCUACUGGUGACACGAUACCUCCAUGGCUUAUAUUCCACACGUUCCCUAGCGAGUCUUGGGCCGCGGUUGAUGCUCCUGCCGACGUUCGGUUCGCCCGCUCUGACACGGGCUUUAGCAACGCCGAGAUAACGCUAGACUGGGUCCAUCAGUUUAACUGGUAUGAAGUGCAGGGAGGUGAGGCCGAGCCGCGAGUCAUCCCAGAAAGCGAGCGAAUCUAUUGUCUUCUCGUCAUCGACGGUUUCACGGGCCACACAAGCCUCGACUUCAUACAAUAUUGCAUCAAAUUCGAUAUCCUCAUAGCUGUGUUCCCUCCACACUCAACGCACCUCCUCCAACCCCUUGACGUCGGCGUCUUCCAACCCCUUAAGCACACCCAGCAGAAAGCUCUUCGUCGCUUCGUCAAUACUGGCGAACUUCACUUUACACGGCUAGACUUCCUCGAGUCGUUCUGGGAGACAUUUACUGAGGGCUUUGCUGCGAGGUAUCGCUGGCGACUACACAAAGGCAUUCCGUCACAUUUGUGCGCUGGCACAAUAUGGUAA